UUUUGAAACUAUCCAUUGACCGGGAUUGCGCGGUGACUGUCCUAUUCCGCACCAGAGUUGCUGCGCGCUUCUCUUCCCAGCCGCUGUUUCUCCCUUGUGCGACUCCGAUACUACAACUUUUCCAUAUCGACAGUCCUAGCAGUGAAUGCUCAUAUGCCUACCCAGAGUUCACUUUGAAGAGCGUCUUUGGCCUUCGGACUGGCUCACUACCGGACUCCCAUCUUCAUCUUCCAGUGCAUCUCACAAAAGUCGUUUUCACCAUUAAAACGCCACCAUGGUUGGCAAAAAGUCUGGAAAGGCCCUCAAAGAUGAGGGUCUUGAGAGGACGGAUAACAAUAUGGAGCUGUCGAAUUGGCCUCAGAUCGCGCCGAUCAACCAGAAGAAUUACUACACUGAUUAUCUCAAGAGGGACGACCAGUACCUAGCAUUCCGGCUACAAAAUGAGGAGGCGAGGAACAAAAUGGCCAAAACGGCCAAAGACCGCGAUCGCGCUUUAGCCAUGGCGAAAGCGAACGACUUGGGCCUACCCGAAGCAGAGGCUGACGGUGAUGGGGAUACAAAUAUGGAGGAGGGCGCGGAGGAGACAACAGAAACAUUAGGCUCCAAGGUUAUUGUAGUUCAUGUCGGAAGCCAGAAUCUGCGGAUCGGCCUGGCCAGCGACGCACUGCCGAAGACUGUUCCUAUGGUGAUUGCACGAAAAUCAACCACCAGCGAGUCCGAAGACCAUGACGAGCCCCAUCCGAAGCGAUUGAAAAUGGACGAUGGCUCUCUGAUGGAGCCUGAAAAAAUGCUUGGUCCGGAGUUCUCCUCGCAGUAUACCACGAUGGCCGCAGAACUCAAAGCGCAUAUGCGACAAAACAAGCGCAGGACUCUACCGAACUCGAAAGAAAUGGUUAUCAACUACAAUCGGAGAACGGUACCAGAAACCAUCCCAGAACACAAUGACCCGCUGCGUGUCGAAUGGACAGAUAUUACCGACGAUGCACCUGAAUAUAUUGUAGGGCAAGCAGCGCUUAGAAUACCUGACGACUCGAAACCCAGGUACAAGCUCUACUGGCCGAUGCGAUACGGAUGGUGCAACGAGAGAGACUAUGAGAGCAAGAGACUCUUGUUCUUGGACAUCUCACUCAUUCUCGAGGACACAAUCAAAAGCCAAUUGGGCUUGACCAGCAAGAAGGAAUGGCCUCAGUACUCUUGCGUUUUCGUUAUCCCUGACUUGUAUGAGAAGACUUAUAUUACCCAAGUUCUCGAGAUGUUGAUGAGGGAGUUUUCAUUUGCCCGCGUCUGCUUCAUCCAGGAGAGUUUAGCGGCCACCUUCGGUGCGGGAUUCACAUCAGCAUGCGUCGUGGACAUUGGCGCGCAAAAGACGUCCAUCUGUUGCGUGGAGGAGGGAAUGUGUAUUGAGAACUCUCGCGUCAACCUGAAAUUUGGUGGAGCCGAUGUGACCGAGGCAUUCAUCAAGAUGAUGCUCUUCGACCACUUCCCAUACGCGGAGAUCAACCUAUGGCGCCGCUACGACUUUUUACUAGCCGAGGAGCUGAAAAAGAAUGUCUGCACCUUGAACGAAGCAAGUGUCUCAGUGCAAGUGUUCGAUUUUCACCUUCGCAUUGCCGGUCAGGACACCCGGAAGUAUUCCUUCAAAGCGUACGAUGAAGUACAUCUCGCCCCGAUGGGGUACUUCCAGCCCUCGAUAUUCGAUCACUCACGGAAACUCGAAGGAAGAAGAAAAUUCAUCACGCGGUCGGUGGAUAUCUACGACGUGAAUGGUGAAUCCCAAUCAUUCACGUUGGAUGUGCAGUCGACGCCGAGUCGCUCGCACCAAGUGAAUGCACUCAGCCGUGUCCAGGAGCUGGAUGCCACCCCCGAUCUUCGGUUGCCGGCUGGUGGUGCUGGUACCCCACUCCCCGGUGGCCAGGGACAGAGCGCCUCACAACCUCGUGCACCUACUGUCGAGGAGCGAGAUGACGUUCUUCCAGUCUUCCCCUUGGAUAAUGCGAUCCUCACAUCUAUUUCGCAUGCAGCUCGAUCUGAUGAGCGUAAGAUGCGAGACUUCCUCGGAGGAAUCAUGGUCGUAGGAGGCGGCAGUCUUGUCAACGGCUUCCACUCCUUCCUGGAAGAGCGUCUCCAGACGCUGAGACCAGGGUUUGCUAGCGAAAUCAUGGUCGGUACACCUCCAAGAGACCUCGACCCCCAAGUGGUAGUCUGGAAGGGCGCAAGCGUGUUCGGUAAACUGAGCGGAACAAAUGACAGCUGGAUCGGACAAUUGGAAUAUGAUAGACUGGGUCACCGACUGAUGGCGUACAAGUGCAUGUGGGCAUACUAGCUCUUCUUUUCUUAAUACUGCUUUCUCUUUACUUUACUUGUAUCCUACGGAUGACGGAGUUGGUUUAUGGACGACACCACGGGGACUAUUUCAGAACAAUUACGGGUACCUAGCUUAUCAGAGAGAUUCAAUAUUGACCCAAUGAGACCAUGU